AGAGCAGAGGACCGCAUGGCUGCAGCUGCUGCCAGUGUCACUCACCACUCGCCGCCGGCCACCGUAGGAUCGAGAGAGAGCAGCAUGAGCGAGCAGGGGGCAGGGCAGGGUACCAAGGAGCAGUCACCGGCAGAGCUCGAGCUCGAACUCGAAACGGACCACCCUGCCCUGCCCCCGCCCCUUGCUCGAGGUGGCUCUGCCAGUGAGGUGCUGGCCAUCCUGCCGUCCUACACGGGCAAAACGGUGCUGGAGCUCGGCGCCGGCGUCGGCCUCUUCACCGGGGAGCUGGCAAAGGAGGCCAGCCACGUCAUCGCUCUGGAGUUCAUCGACAACAUGAUCAAGAAGAACGAGGAGAUCAAUGGGCACAUCCACAAGAACAUCACCUUCAUGUGCGCCGACGUGACGUCGCCGGAGCUCAAGAUCGAGGACAACUCCAUCGACCUCGUCUUCUCCAACUGGCUGCUCAUGCAGCUAAACGACGAGGAGGUUGAGAAGCUGAUUGGGAGGAUGGUGAAGUGGCUGAAGCCUGGUGGCCAUAUUUUCAUCAGGGAAUCCUGCUCCCACCAGUCAGGUGAUUCCAAGAGGAAAGUGAACCCCACAAACUACCGUGAGCCAAGGUUUUGCACCAAGGUGUUUAAGGAAUGCCACUCCUAUGACCAAGAGGGGAAUUCGUUUGAGCUUUCUCUGGUAACUUUCAAGUGCAUUGGGGCUUAUGUGAAAAGCAAGAGGAACCAGAUAUGUUGGCUGUGGGAGAAGGUCAAGUGCACAGAAGACAAAGGCUUUCAGAGAUUCCUGGACAAUGUGCAGUACAAAUCCACUGGCAUCUUGCGUUAUGAGCGCGUGUUUGGGGAGGGUUAUGUUAGCACCGGUGGAUUCGAGACCACAAAGGAAUUUGUGGACAAGCUGGAUCUGAAAGCUGGCCAGAAGGUGCUUGAUGUUGGGUGCGGCAUCGGAGGAGGCGACUUCUACAUGGCUGAAACCUAUGAUGUCCAUGUCCUCGGCAUCGAUCUUUCCAUCAACAUGGUUUCGUUCGCGAUAGAGCGUGCCAUCGGGCGCUCGUGCUCGGUUGAGUUUGAGGUUGCUGACUGCACCACCAAGGAAUACGCAGAGAACACGUUUGAUGUGAUCUACUGCCGUGACACCAUCCUCCACAUUCAAGACAAACCUGCUCUGUUCAGAAACUUCUUCAAGUGGCUCAAGCCUGGGGGCAAAGUGCUGAUCAGUGACUACUGCAGGAGCCCUGGGACACCAUCAGAGGAAUUUGCUGCGUACAUCAAGCAGAGAGGCUAUGACCUCCAUGAUGUGAAGACCUAUGGAAAGAUGCUUGAGGAUGCCGGUUUCCACGAUGUCGUCGCCGAAGACCGCACCGACCAGUUCCUGAGGGUCCUGGAGAGGGAGCUGGGCGAGACCGAGAAGAACAAGGAGGCCUUCCUGGCGGACUUCACCCAGGAGGACUACGACGACAUCGUCAACGGCUGGAGCGCGAAGCUGAAGCGGAGCUCCGCCGGCGAGCAGAAGUGGGGGCUUUUCAUCGCGACCAAGUGAUCUGGCCGCUGAGCAGCGACGCCGUGGACGCGAUGAUCCGGAAGCAGAGCAGCUUCUGUUAAGAAUAAAUAAAGAGGAUCGGUGCCCGACCAUCUUGCAGUGGCUGCACUGGCCGGGCACCAGGAUCUGUAAGAUAAGAUAAUGUGUACGUACGUGCGAGCGAGACUCGCUUUGUAACGUGCUAUUCUGUUGCUACGUGACCUUCACUCUGCUAGAGUUGUGUGACCUUACAACAUCUUUGUCCCUUCCUUAAUCAUGCUUUAACCCCUCCGAAAA